CUCGAUGCAACUCUACUAUACAUGAAUGCGUAAGAAUUUAUGGUCAUCAUCUUUUUAUAUACAAUGCAGGAUAGGAGUAUCUUAUUGUUCAAAUACAAUAGUCUGUGCAUCGGACUAUUAAUAUUUAAUACUUUACGCCUUUAUACCCAAGAAAAAAGGACGAUGGUUUAUACGCUAAAAGAUAUGAGACAGGUCGUGUGCCUGAAUAGAAGGAUUCAAGCAUCAACUUCUAAAUGAAAAUGGAAAGUCUAGCUGCAUAGUAUGCCGAG